UCUUUCCCGUCGUGUGGACGGCCAGGUGCAUGUCCAUAACUUACCUGGGGAAGAAGGCAGUGUCACUGUGAUGCUCUGGGCAAUCUCUCUCUCUUUCUUCCUCUGCUUUUCUCUCUCUCUAUCACCUUUAUGAAGUCUCUUUCUGCUUUUCUCUCAUGUUUUCUGUCACCUUUUUGAAGCCUUUCUCUCUCGUUUUUUUUCUCUCUGCUUUUCUACGGUAUCUCUCUCUCCGUUUCUCUCUUGCUGUCUCACUCUGUCCCUUUAUGAAGCCUCUCUCUCUCUCUCUGUGAUGCUCUGGACCGUGUCCUGCUGGGAACCCUCGGGUCCUGGUGUUCAUGUGGCUGUUACUUUGACCCGUAUCACUGACCCUAACCCCCCCCGAUCCCGGUUCAGCGGGACCAUGCUGCCUGACACACUGCAGAAACUGUUCAGGAAUGUGACCGAGCUCGAGGUGUAGACUCCGCCUCCAAAUUCCCCAGAUCCCUAUCUGAUCAAACAGGUAUAGGAUGUUCUGGACAAAUGAGUCUGAGCCAUGGAGGCUCCACCCACAACUUGCAGGACUCGUAGUACGUACUGUUAAACGUCUUGAUGGCAGAGAUUAGAGCACACGGUCAGACGGCAUAUGGAGCCUUGAAGGUCACAGCUGUGGGAACCGACCCAAUAUCAGGCAGGUGAUCUACUGUUCUGGCUGAACAGCAUCCUGCAUGCAGCGACUCGUUCUGGAGGAACCUUCACCUGACCCGGAGACGGCCCUGACUGUUCAGUGUGAUCUGUUUACCUGCACACACCGACCUCAGCGCUGUGAUAUCUUUAUUUCUCUUAUCUCUAGGAAUCGUCUCUGAAGAUUUCUGGACUGUUCCAUGUUUAUAUGUGAAGGGGCAGGAGGGGUGAAAAGUGAACCAGCCUAAAAACCACACUUCAGAUGUCCCACAAUGUCUCGGCGACAUCAUGAUUCCCAGAUCGUUUAGCUUGGUACUGUGAUGUCCCACUGACCCCGCCCCUUCUCUGACUCGGCCAUGAAGGAGGUGGGGUGCUGGUCAGCAGCAGAGGUAUCUGACUGGCUGGCCGAGGAGGGCAUGCCGGAAUAUUCCGACGCUCUCAGGAAUGUAGACGGUGCGGCUCUUCUGCAACUUUCCGAGUUGGAUUUUCAGAACCCACCAUUGCGUCUGGUCUCUGGAGACAACGGGAGGCGUCUUUUGGAGCGCCUGGAGUCACUGCGCUUCGCCAACCACAUGGGUAACCAUGGCAACAAUUGUUAUGUCAACGGGCACGUCACAAACGGGAAGAUUCACAACGGGACACCAAAGAAUGGGUUCCGAGCAGAUGCGAUUCAGAUCCAUAUUCCUCUUCCACCCGAGAACGAGCGCACAGCGUUUCCGACAGAGUGGUACAAAACAGGCGUGGCCUUUGGGUAUGCGUUGUGCUGCUUCAUCACGACGUCGGUUGUGAUUUCCAUCGUGCAUGAAAGAGUGCCAGCCAAAGAAGAGUCUCCGCCCCUGCCGGAUAAGUUCUUUGAUCUGUUUGACCGUGUGCAGUGGGCGUUUUCUAUCUGCGAAAUCAACGGCAUGCUCCUUGUCGCCAUCUGGUUCAUACAGUGGAUCCACCUCAAACACAGGUCCAUUGUUGGGCGCCGUUUCUUCUUUAUCGUUGGAACGCUGUACCUGUACCGCUGUGUGACCAUGUACAUCACCACCUUACCUGUACCAGGCAUGCACUUUCAGUGCGCACCCAAGUUGUUCGGUGACUGGGAGGCUCAGGUGAGACGCAUUAUGAAAAUGAUCUCGGGUGGCGGUCUGUCCAUCACGGGCUCUCACUCCCUCUGUGGUGAUUAUCUGUACAGUGGACACACAGUCAUGCUAACGCUAACGUACCUGUUUAUUAAAGAGUACUCUCCGCGGAGGUUCUGGCUCUAUCACUGGGUGUGUCUCAGUCUGAGUGUCAGUGGGAUUUUCUGCAUCCUGUUGGCUCACGAUCACUACACGGUGGACGUGGUAGUGGCCUACUUCAUCACCACACGCCUCUUCUGGUGGUACCACAGUCUGGCCAAUCAGCAGUGUCUGAAACAGGAUUCGCAGAUUAACGCGUUCUCUCGCGUCUGGUGGUUUCGUCUCUUCAACUACUUCGAGCGAAAUGUUCAAGGCGUCGUCCCUCGCCACUACCAGAUGCUGUUGCCGUGGCUCCCACUGUCAUGCCGACUGAUUCACGGGGGCCGGGUGAAGUACAGCUGCACGGACUCGCUCUGACGGUGGCGAUGAGACAGGAAGCGGCACGGACUCGUUUCCCAUCAGCCCCUGCAGCCUGGGCUCAACACUGUGACAUGAUUUUCCUUCUUUCACAUUUUUAAAAACAUUAAACAUCCCUGAAAAGAAAACGUAGCGCCAAGAAAUCGAUUUUAAUAAAUAUACACAACGCUGCUGAGGUUUCUGAUCUAAAUACAUCAUACGUAUAAAACCAUUAAGAGUAAAUUAAUCACCAAAUAGUAUCUGAAGAUUUUUUAAUAUUUUUUAUAAGUAUAUUGUAAUCAUUAAUUGUUUAGGAAACUUUUUCUAAAGACUUUGGCAGAUUUAUUUUCCCAAACUAAAAAAAAAAGUAUUGGAAGAUUUUUAGAUUUGUAUUUUUUCCCAAAUGCUGGAGUGUCUAAACGGGAGAGGAGUUGUUGUUUCCCCCCCCCGCCCCCCCCCAGUGCCUUCCUCCUCAGCAAUUCUACACCCCACGGUUUUACGCGGCUGUUAGCGUGUCCGUAAAUUCAGCUCGAGCUCUGAAUGUUUGUCUUCUUGUGACCAAAUUCAUUUGAAUGUAGGUUAAAGGUCAAAUGUGUUUCACCUGAAUAUCCAAAGAGAUUUUAGAUCUUUCAGAAACUUUUUUUUAAAAAAUAAUUGUUGUUCUGUGCUAAUAAUUUCAUAUAUGGUGCAUUAGAGAGGAGUACAAAGACCUGGAAGUGCAACACAAAAAACCCACAACUGUGUUAACUCGGAACGGAAAGGGGCGGUCCUUACUGAACGAUACACAAUCGUUGCUGAUUGGACGUGGCAUGUAGCUCUUAUAUUAAUGUCAAGUUACUUUUGAUGUUCUGAAUAAUGCAGCCAUUUAGAUGCUAGAACAGGAACUAGCUUGUUUAAUGUAACUAUAAAUGGACAAAAAGCAUCACUUUUUUUAACGUUUAAGUGAUUCGUUGAAAUGUUCUGUGCUUACAGGUCACCAUAUAAAAAAUAUGGAUGGCGAUACGUUAUGAUUUAUAGGAUUUUAAUGUUCACAUGCAUCACAGUGAAGUUUUCCAAGUGUUUUAUUGCAAUGAUCUUCAGCAUUCAAACUUGACCAACUUAAGUUUUCCACUUUUUUUAAUCUUUUCAUUUUAAAAUACUAAAACAGUAAUUUAGUUUUAAUAUAUAAAACACUGAAAAUUAAAUCCUGAGUAAAACUAAAUAUGAAAGUUAGAACAAGUGUCAUAUUGCUCACCUUUACUCAGUGAGGGUUUGCACAAAUUUGUAUGAAACUGUGGAUAGAGGAGACACUCUGAGGUGGUGUAUUAAUAACAUUUAUAAAUUGGCCUAUUUAAGCAGAUAAGCAUGAUAAUUAAAUCACAUGACCAGAAUGUGUAUAUGUAGAGAAAUUUUACAAUUUAUUAACCAAGUAUUUCAAUACCAGAAUGGUGUAUUCUGAUUCGCUGAGAGCAGUACGGGGCUCUGUGUGUUCAUUAAUAUGAAUGUUGAAAUUUAUUGAAUGGUUUUGAAGAAAUGAAGCACUUUAUAAACAAUCGUCUCAAAAACGUUUAUUCCAAAACAGUGCGUCAUCUCAAUCAUCCAUAAACAUAGCUCUGUUGCUAGCACGCAGCGAAUCUGGGCUAAACUUGAGUUGCUAUGGUGACAUGAAUAUGGUCAGGAGUGUGCUGAUAAUCAGGAAUAGAAAACCUCACGAUGUUUCAGACCAAACAGCGGCUGUUUGUUCAGAGUGAUGCAGCGAACACGUGUCAUUUCUGACUGUAAAUGAAAGGUGACGAACCUUAACAGUAAACUUUACACCAUGUUCUCCACAAUAAUAUCCUAAAAACCACCUACAUGUGACAGGCUCUUUCAUCUGAUCUUUUUUUUUCCCUUGUAAAAUGUUAACUUUUAAAUUUUGCCACAAAAUUUAAGUUUUAUAAAAUCCAGUCUGUUAGAGCUGCCAAUCAAAUUUAUUGAUAUUCUGUACUGAGUGUUUAUCUUAAUUUUUUUUCAUGCCAACCAGAAAUUCACGUCAGUAAUUAUUUUCCUCAUUGAAGUUUACCUGUUUGUGUGUCAGUAAAUGAUUCGAGGGAUGGAGUUUGAAUAAAAACUUUUAAAUAAUGUAUUUCAGUGGUUGUUUUAAUCAACCGUCUUCAUUUCACACUUCAAAGUUUUAAAAAGAAUAAAGUAAAAUAUUUAAUGGU